AUGGGGUCUAAAGUCAGAAGAAAUGAAAGGUAAUACUAUAAGGAAUACUAAAAAUAGAUUUAUUAAUAAUUUUAGGUUUAAAAAUGGCUAAAAAUACAAAAAAAUCAGAAAAGUUGAUAAAUAUUAUAAUUUUUGGCUUGAUUUUUCAAAAUAAAUUGGCAUUUUUUAAAUAGAUCUUGGCAUUUUUUGACAUUUUUGUAUAGAUCUUGACAUUUUUUGUUCAUUUUGGGACAUAUUUUUCAAAUUUUAAAAGAUAUUUUUAAAAAUUUUUGCUAAUUUUCUCAUUUUUUCAGUAUCCGCGAGAAGAUCUCCCACGGAUCGGCCAAGUUUUUUGGCGUACCAAUGACGGAUGACAACAACUCUUUGAAUUCGGAUCACGAACAGACCAAGGCACAGGAGACGAAAUGGCAAAAACGACGUUACAGAUAUCUGAAUUCGUUGUACGGUGUGAAAGAGAAGCAGGUGGCGGAGGAAAUGAAAAGCGGUAAGAUAUUGAUGUUUUGAGGGUUUUUAGGUAUUAAUUAGGUAUAACUUUGUUGGAAUAGGUUGGAUUAUGAUAUAUUGAUGAGGCUUGUUGUAGUAUCAAGAGUGGGGUGUGAUAUACUGAUAAGUUUCAUUUCAGUGGAUACCCUGGAUUCUGGGACGCCAUACCUAGAGAACGCUAGCGUCUACACAGCCAUUCCAAUGGAGCCAGAAAAGAAGGAAUCGGUAGCAAGAAUGGCCUACAACGCAUUUCAGAGCUUUAUACAAGGGUAGGUUUAGUAUGACAGUAUAUAUCGGGAUUGUUUUAUAUGCCCUAACUUCAUCCCUACCUUAACUUUUACCCCUAACCGAGCCCUACCUCAACUUCGAUCCCUACCCUUACCCCCUACCCCUACCUCCCUACCCCUACCCGUUUUUUACCCCUACAGCUACCUCCACCCCUACCCUUAUACCCACGCCCUCUUUUAAUUUGGCUUUGGCUACCACGCCCUACCUCUAACUUUACCCCACCUUAACGUUUCUUCGAUUUCAGUGAUCUCUUCCGACGCCGCCGGUUAACAACGUUGGCCGAAGAGGAGCCGGUUGCUUCCACUUCGGCCUCUCCACCUCCACCAUACACUCCCAUCAGAGAACGAAUCAAGGUCAGGAACAUGCGAAGCUUCCCAUUAACCCAGCACAACGUCGUCCAACAACCACGCAGAUUGGCCAGAAAUCAGUCGGGUAACGAAAAUUCUUAAUUUUUUUUUGUUAAAUUUAAGUAAUUAUAAAGCUUUUUUUAAUUUAUGUUUAAUGAUACAGUGGAAAUGGCACAGCAUGCCACAGAACAUUAUUUUAUUAUCAAAAGUUUGCAGAAGUUUAGGUUUUGUAAGGCUUUAUCGGAUCGGACGAAGAAGCGAAAAUUUGUGUAACAGUGCUUCGGUAAAAGUACUGUAACUUUAUUAUUAUCGUACUUUUUAAAAAUAUUUUUCUUGAAUGUCAUAGGAAAUAGUAUAAGCUAUGCUCAUGUCAAAUUUCAAGUCUCUAUCAAUUUUGUAAAAAUUGUUAUGGCAUAAAAACCCGGGUGGCUUACUAUCUUGGGCAGGUGGCUCUAAAAAUUCUUAUAAAAUCCGUUUUCUCGAAUAGUUUGACAUUUUUCUUAGUUUGCUCCUUUUAACAUUGUCUUUAUGGUCUUGUGGAAUAGUAUUUUUUAGUUUUUUUUUAGAAUUUGGAUUUUAUAAAAUAGCAAAAAAAUUGUUUUUGUGCUGAUAAACCCCUUUUUUACCAAUAUUUUUAGUUUUUUGGACGUUUUGAAUAGAUUUUUGCUUGUUUUUAAAAUUUUAAGGUGUUUUAUAACUAGCAAAAUGAGUAAAGGUUUAUAAAAUUAUGUUAUAUUUUAUAAAAUGAUGGUAUAUUAGUUUUAUUUUAUAAAAUGUCUGUCCAUUCUCUCCAUUUCCCCUUCUCUCUCGCCGCGCAAGGUCUCUCUCGAUCCGUCAACCAAUCAGCGCGCGCUUCCGAAUAGCCCGCUAGAUUGGGGUCCGCCAACCGGACAAAAAUCCGUCUCCGGGCCGUGUUUUUGAGGAAAAAGCCAACACCGGACUUCGGUGCGCUCGGGGCGACGGCUUUUUGUCAGCAAACAAAAUCUUGUUGCCAAGAGUUCACGUUUUUGGCGAUUUUCUUUAAAUUUAUUUCAUUUUCAAUUUGGUUUCGCGUUGCGUGCGGAUUUUUCGGAUCAAAUUUGCGUAAGUAUUUGAAUAUUUUAGUUUUUUGAAUUUUUGUUUGGUUUUUUUAUUUGGUUUUAAAAAAUUUUUCUUUGAAUUUCUUUGAUUUUUAUGCAAAUUUUGAAGUUUUUUUUUCGAAAUUUGAAGAUUUUCCGGCCGUUUUUGAUCAAAAUUCGAACUUUUUUUUGAAAUUUUGAACUUUUCGAACAAAAUUUUGAAAUUCGAAAAAUUCAAAAAUUUUUAUUUUUUUCGAUUAUUCUACUUUCGCGGAUUUUGGUAAGCGGUUGCACUCAAAAUUUCGACUUUCUUUGAGGUAAAUUUGAAUUUUUCGAAAGUUUAUUCAGAUUUUGCAUGAAAUAUCACUUGAUUUGCAUAUUAUGCUGUUUUAUGCUUUCUUUAUUAUGCUUUGUUUUGAUUCUAGGUUCUUGUGAAUAGUUUAGGCAAGAAUUAUGGGUUUUUUGAUAAUGAUAUGGCUUUUAGGUAAUAUUUGUUGGGAUUUUGUUAUUGCUUGAUAUUUUAGGUAAUAAUUGUAGGGUUUUUGAUAUUUUAGGUAAUAGUUAAAGUUUUUUUGAUAUAGUUUGAUAUUUUAGGUAAUAGUUAUAGGUUUUGUCUUAUGAUAUGUUAUUUUAGGUAACAAUUUUAGGUUUUUGGGAUUUUUAUGGUUUUUGGGUAACAUUUAUAGAAGUUGGGACAUUUUUUUUGAUAUUUUAGCUAACAGUUAUAGAUUUCAUGACUGUUUUAUGUAUUUUUGGUAAAAAUUCAAGAUAUUUUAGGAUUCUAGGUAACAUUUGUAAGCUUUGUGACAUUUUUUGAUAUUUUAGGUAACAGUUGUGGAUUUUAUGAUUGUUUUUUGUAGUUUAGGUAACAGUUUUGGGAUUUCUUGAAUUUUUAGUUUUUUUAGGUAACAAUCUUUUCUUGAGGUUAAGAUUUAUAUUUUAGGUAACACUUUUAAAUAAUUUGAUUUAAAAAGGUACUUUAGAUAACAAUUGCAACUUUUAUUAAGUAUGAUACUAAUUUAGGUAACAACGUUUGGUUUUUUGGUAUAUUAUACUUCUUUAGGUAACAGUUUUGAAUUUUAACCUUAAUUCUUGUGAAUAUUCUAUCUCAGUUGUCUUUUUUUUAACUUAACCUAACCGUUUACUAACCAUCUCCUUCAUGUUCCAGUACGAAUCGGAAAAUCUAACCGGGCGCGAGUCGUGUACGUGUCAAAGAGCGAGUGAUAUUGCGCGUACUGUAACGAAAAAAAUGUGGGGCGAAUUCAUGGAGCCGAAGCCGACCGGGAUUCCCCUUCGUCCGAUCCGAUUGGCCAGAAAAUUGGAAAAAGUGCUGCGUGUCGUACGCAAAGGCAUUUCAAAUCGCAAAUUUUUGGUUUCAGUCGACGAACGACGACAGUACGAUACUGGAAAUGUUGAGUAUGGUACACAAGGUCAAUAUGUGGCUGAGCGUGGUCAGUAUGGUGGCCAAGGACAAUAUAGUGGUCAAGGACAAUUUAGUGGUCAAGGACAAUACGGUGGCCAAGUGCAAUAUGAAGCGGGUUUAAGGCCAUCUAGUGCUGGUGCAGGACAGUAUAGUACUACAAAAGGACGAGUAGGUUCUAGUGCAUCUACAGAAGGUCUACAAGAAUCAACUGGUCGAUUUCUAGCCGGUUAUGUAGCUUCAGAUGGACAGGAAAUGGAUUCAAAGCCUCAAAUCCUACGAUCAUCACCUUCGGAACACCAAAACCUACCAGGAACUUCACUGGGGUCUCAAGAUUUUAAUGCUCAAAGUACCCCACUAUCACCACGAAACAUCCGAGCACCAUCGAGGGAACGACCAUACCUCAAUCGACCAAGAACAUCGUCGGAACGACCGGAACUGCGACGACCAGCACAGUCAAUGGCUGUCGAAGUCGUAGGAACUGAAAGAUCAUCAGAAGGCUUGAAUUUGAAAGGAAGAAGAACGCCGAGUCUACAGCGUGAUGAACCAUCAACGUCUACUAGGCCGAAUCUGCAUAGACAAGUUCAUCGUACUGAUCGGCCGACGGAAUGGAUUCAGCCAUUGUUCUUGUCUAUGAGGUCCAGGGAUCCAGAAGAGGCGAUUGAAAUGCAAGAGGUAAGGUUUUUCAUGGUUUUCAGGAUUUUGAAAAGUUUUUGUGGUGGGACCAAAAAUUUUUUUAAUUUAUGAUUUUUUUGAUUUUGUUGAGUUAAAACGCUUUUUCUAGUGGCCAAAACGUCAACGACCGUCCUUCUACACCUACGAUGAGUUCCACCAGGAGUAUCUACCAGGCGAUGAGCUAAUAGAGGAGUUCGACCAUAUUCCCAUGCCAAUCACUAAAAUACGACAAUUUCCAGUGGAUCAAGUCGACAGGUACCCGGAAGGCGCUAGGGUAAGAUUUUUGGUCUUAAAAAUGAUUUUUUAGUUUUUGCUUUUUAAGAUUUUUUAAUAUGGUACUAGUGGUACCAUUAAGGGUACCAAACUUUUUUUAUGAUUUUUUUGGCAGUAGAUGAUAUUCAUACAGGGAAAUGAUUUUUUUAAUUGAAAAGUACUUUAAAAUUGACUUUUGGCUCAAUGGUAUCAGCAGUACCAAAAAUGGUACAAAAAAUUUUUUUUUUUGAAAUAUGGUUGAAAAUGACGCUAAGAGCACUGUUUUAUAUAUCAAAGUCAUUGAAAAGCUUUAUAAAUACGAGUUUCAGAGCCUAACAGUCAACGAACAUCAACAACAAUAUCAGCACUACCCUCGAACCCCGACAGCCAGCACUCCAGGCCGACACGGCCUAAGAGACCUCAUACGACAGAAGGAAAAGAUCCAAUGUGGUGGACUGUCAGUGGCCGAUGUAAGACAACGAAUCGCUUAUCAGCCACGAACUGAAGCCAAGGAGACGAAUCCGUUUUGGGCCUGCUUCUGGAGCUGUUUCUGUGGACUGUUCGGAAGACGGCCGAGGAAACGAGACGCUUUGCCAAUGUUUGGAAAGUUCAAAAGAAGGUACCGGGUGGAUCCGGAGAUUGGAAGAGCCAAGAAGAUUUUACAGGACGAGUCGGAUGAUUGCAGGUAGGGGGAUGUGUAGGUUUUAAGGGGGGUUUGGUGGUUUUUGAAGGUUUUUGGCUGAUUUUAGGGGAUUUAUUGGGUCGAAUAAGGUUUUUUGGGUUUGUUUUUCUAUUUGUCUACUUGAUUUUGAUCUAUCAAUAAAAUGACUUUAAGAAACUUUUUUGAAAAUUUAAAAUUUUUGAAAUUUGAGGCCAUUUUUGGGGCAUUUUGGCCGUUUUUGGUGUUUUUUGGUCGAUUUUGAGCGUUUUUAUUGAUUAGAAUAACGAUUUUUGUGUAGUGUAGUUGUUUAGUUGCUUGAUUUUGGAAUAGACAUGCAAUUUUUUAUCGAAAAAUCAAAAAAAUUUAAAAUUUCAGACCCUUCUUCACCUACUGGAUCACAACAACACAAGCAAUAAUCAUGGUGUUCACGUUGAUGCACUUUGGGAUAGGAACGGAUUUCUUUGGAGGAUUUGGAGUGACAGAAAGAAGCGGUGACGUAUUCGCAACCUCAAUGUCAUCAGUCCACAUUGUCGUUUGGGAACAGAACAACAUUUGGAUUGGGGCGAGAUUUGUGGGUUUUGCGGGAUUUUUGGGCUUAAAUAGGGUUUUAAUUUGAGUUUUUAGGUUUUAAAUUUGUUUCUGAUUAAAAUUUUGGGCUCCUAAUCUUAAGUUUGAGUUUUUUUUUAUUGGAAAAUUAAAAAAAAAAUUUUUUUUGAAAUUUUAAAAAUUUUUCGAAAUUUCAAAAUUUUAUAAAUUUCAGGCCGAUCUAGUUCACAUAGGAGCCAAAUACACGCCCUGUAUGCGUCGUGAUGCCAGAAUCCACAAACUGAUAACGGAAGAGCGAGAAAUCGAGAAUUCAGAAACCGGCUGUUGUAUCGGACCAGACGGCUGCUUUCAAACCUCAUCAUGUCCUCAACAGUUUGCCACAUUCCAUAAAUACAUAAAUAAUGACAAAACUCAACAGAGAAUCGUCUGUGGUCAAGACCCUAGGUUUUGUGCGACGCCGAGAUCCGCGGCACCGUAUGAUUGGGGCCCUAAUAUCACGGAUUGGCCGGUGAGUGAGAUUGUUGGCUUGAUAUGAGUUUUGGGGUUGAUUUUGUGCUUAUAGGUGUAUUUAUGGAAUUUAGGCUUAAUUUAAAGGCUUUAGGCCUGUUCUAAAAACUUUAGGCUUAUUUGGUCGAUUUUAGGUUUAUUGUUGGAUUUUAGGCUUAUUUGGACGAUUUUAGGCUUAUUUCAUUAACUUUAAGCUUAUUUCACUGUCUUUAGUCUUAUUUUUGGAUUUUUGGGCGUAUUCGAUUAACUUUAGGCUUAUUUUUGGAUUUUAAGCUUAUUCUAUUAACUUUAGGCUUAUUUAACUGUCUUUAGGCUUAUUUUUGGAUUUUUGGGCGUAUUCGAUUAACUCUAGGCUUAUUUUUAAAAUUUGGGCUUAGUUUUGCAAUUUAGGCUUAUUUGGGCGAUUUUAGAUUUAUUUUACGGACUUUAGGCUUAUUUUGCUGACUUUAGGCUUGUUUUUGUACUGUAGGCUUAUUUUUGGGUUUUAAGCUUAUUCGAUUAACUUUAGGCUUAUUUUACUGACUUUAAGCUUAUUUUUGGAUUUUAUGUUUAGUCGAUUAAAUUUAGGCUUAUUUUACUGAUUAUAGGCUUAUUCUUAGAGUUCUGUCUAAUUUUACGAGUUUUAGGCUUAUUUUUUGGUCUUUAGGCUUAUUUUUCAAAAAACGACAACACUUUUUUUCAGCAAUGCCAACAACAAAUGGAGAAUAUCACGACGCGUGAACCUCAUAUGCAUUGCCCAUUGGUCGGCCGCCCAUGCUGCAUCCAAAUGCACGGCCAAUGCAGAAUAACCACCCGAGAAUACUGCGACUUUGUACGAGGAUAUUACCACGAGAAUGCCACUCUCUGUAGCCAGGUGUCGUGCCUGAAUGAUGUGUGCGGAAUGACACCGUUCCUGAUGAAGGACGUGCCGGAUCAGUUCUAUCGCUUCGUCAUUCCACUGUUUAUUCAUGCUGGGUAAGUAUAAGCUGGGUAGGGGUAUUAUUUUUGAUUUUGUUGUGGGCGGGGUAAGUUUAGAAUUUUUGUUAAGAGUAGAGUUAAAAAAAAACAUUUUUAGAGGCUUGGUGGAUUUUUUAAUUUUUGUGGGCGGGUAAUUUUUUUAAAUUUUUUGUAUACGGGGUAAAUUUUGAAACUCUUUAAGGCGGGGUAAUUUUUUUUGAUUUUUGAGUGAUAGGACAGAUUUUUUAUUUUUUUUUGUGGGCGGGGUAAAUUUUGAAUUUCUUUUCGGUUUGGAUUUUUUUGAUUUUUAGUGAUAGAACAGAUUUUUUAAUUUUUUUGUGGGCGGGGUAAAUUUAAAAAAAAAUUUUUGGGGGUGGAUUUUUGUUUUUUUAUAAUAUCGUUUUUCAUUCUAGUAUCAUCCGAUUUGCGAUUACCUGCAUUAUUCAACUGUACUUUAUGAGAAAGUUUGAGCAAGCAAUUGGAUCCCUGAGGCUAGCCAUUAUAUAUUUCGUGUCGGGAGUGGGCGGAUAUUUGGCUAGCGCUUCUUUUGAGCCUUAUAUGGUGAGUUUUGACCUUUUAACUUUUAGAUAACAACAUUUUGUUUUUAUUUUGGGUAACAAAUGAUUUUUUGGUAUUUUAGGUAACAUGUUAACUUUUUUUUUUUAAUUUUGUGAUCGAUGCAACAAUAACGGCGCGGUUUGACCUUUAGAAUAAAAAAUUUAUUUUAGCCAGAAGUAGGACCAGCCGGCUCACAAGGUGGUGUUCUUGGUGCCCUUAUCAUCGAUGUCAUUUACAAUUGGCAGUUUCUGAGCAAUCCAGUACGAGCACUAUUACUGCACUUACUAUUGGCAUUACUGCUGUUUAUCACUGGAUUUUUGCCAUAUGUCGACAACUGGGCACAUAUCUUUGGAUUCAUUUUUGGGUGUUUGGCUAGUGCUGGUAAGGAUUUGAAAUUUUAAAAUUUUUUGAAAUUUUAAAAAUAAAAAAAUUUUUUUAAAUUAUAAAAUUGGUACUGUAAUAGCAUAUUUUCAGCCCUAAUCCCGUAUAUGCAAUUUGGCGACAAAGGAACCCGUCUCCUGGUUGUGGUAUUCUCCAUCAUCACCACCAUUGUCAUGUUCGUCUUCCUACUGGUCCUCUUUUACGGCCUGCCAGUUAUCAACAGCCCCAUCCUAACAUUCCUCAACUGCCCAUUCAGUGGCCAUAUUUGCGAUCAACAGGGACUCAAACUACGAUCAUGGCUUCCAAUCUAA